GCAGCACGAAGCGGAGUCGGAGGCGUCGGGCGAUUCCAGCGGAGGAGAGGAGGACGCCCAAGACGACGACUAUGUGCCCUACGUGCCCGUCAAGCAGCGCAAGCAGCAGAUGCUGCAAAAGUUGCUGCAGAUGCGCCGAAAGGGGGCGUUGGAGGAGGAACAAAGGGACAGUGGUAGUGACUAUCAUGGCGACGAAGAUGACAUUCCUCUGGGUCCACAGUCCAAUGUCAGCCUCCUUGACCAGCACCAGCACCUCAAAGAGAAAGCAGAAGCACGUAAAGAGUCGGCUAAAGAGAAGCAACUGAAGGAGGAAGAGAAGAUCCUGGAGAGUGUGGCAGAAGGACGAGCUCUGAUGUCUGUGAAGGAAAUGGCAAAGGGCAUUACAUAUGAUGAUCCCAUUAAAACCAGCUGGAAGGCUCCUCGGUACAUCCUCACUAUGUCGGAGGCCCGACAUGACCGUGUGCGUAAGAAGUAUCAUAUCCUUGUGGAGGGGGAAGGCAUUCCACCACCUAUCAAAAGCUUCAAAGAAAUGAAGUUCCCACCAGGAAUCCUGCGAGGUCUUAAGAAGAAGGGGAUCCAGCAACCAACCCCCAUCCAGAUACAGGGUAUUCCCACCAUCCUUUCCGGCAGAGACAUGAUUGGCAUUGCAUUCACCGGCUCCGGCAAGACACUUGUGUUCACUCUCCCUGUUAUUAUGUUCUGUCUGGAGCAGGAGAAGAGGCUGCCGUUUUCCAAGAGAGAAGGGCCAUACGGGCUUAUCAUCUGCCCCUCAAGGGAAUUGGCUCGCCAAACCCAUGGUAUCCUUGAGUACUACUGCCGCCUGCUGCAUGAGGAUGGGAUGCCUGCCCUGCGCUGCGCCCUUUGCAUUGGAGGCAUGUCUGUCAAGGAGCAAAUGGAGACCAUCAAACACGGUGUGCACAUGAUGGUGGCAACUCCAGGCCGGCUGAUGGAUCUCUUGCAGAAGAAGAUGGUUAGCCUGGACGUCUGCCGCUACUUGGCACUGGAUGAAGCAGACAGGAUGAUUGACAUGGGCUUCGAGGGAGACAUCCGCACCAUCUUUUCCUACUUCAAGGGCCAGCGACAGACCCUUCUCUUCAGUGCCACCAUGCCCAAGAAGAUCCAGAACUUUGCCAAGAGUGCCCUUGUGAAGCCCAUCACUAUCAACGUGGGACGUGCAGGAGCUGCCAGCUUGGAUGUUAUUCAGGAAGUAGAGUAUGUAAAGGAGGAAGCCAAGAUGGUCUAUCUGCUUGAGUGUCUACAGAAGACACCACCACCUGUUCUUAUUUUUGCUGAGAAGAAAGCAGAUGUAGAUGCAAUCCAUGAAUACUUGCUACUCAAGGGUGUAGAGGCUGUGGCCAUACAUGGUGGGAAAGAUCAGGAGGAACGGACAAAGGCCAUUGAGGCCUUCCGGGAUGGCAAGAAGGAUGUCCUUGUCGCCACUGACGUUGCGUCCAAAGGCUUGGACUUUCCAGCCAUCCAGCAUGUCAUCAACUAUGACAUGCCCGAGGAGAUAGAAAACUACGUUCAUCGAAUUGGACGUACCGGUCGCUCGGGGAAUACUGGCAUUGCCACCACCUUCAUCAACAAAGCCUGUGACGAGUCUGUGCUCAUGGACCUGAAGGCGUUGCUGCUGGAGGCCAAGCAGAAGGUGCCACCUGUGCUGCAGGUGCUGCACUGUGGCGACGAAUCCAUGCUGGAUAUCGGAGGAGAGAGGGGCUGUGCUUUCUGUGGGGGUUUGGGCCACCGCAUCACAGACUGCCCCAAGCUGGAAGCCAUGCAGACCAAGCAAGUCAGCAACAUUGGGCGCAAAGACUACCUGGCGCACAGCUCCAUGGACUUCUAGAGAUGCUGCCAUUGGGUCCAGCAAAGAAAUGGACUUUGCUGCUGCUUUGGAAGGGCAACUCUGCUCAAAUCCCGCUCUAGCAUACUGUUUGCCAGCUGGAGUGGAAAAAGGGCAUCACAGUGGACUUUCUGCAUUUGGGAAGCCUAAUGCUUCUUUGUCACUGUUGCUGAUGCUGCCGCAGGAUGGAAUGGGAGAUGCAUAUAAUAGGAUGACUUGUGCUUGUUUGGUGCAGGAGUUUGGUUUUGGCACUGCAGGAUGCGAAUAGAUAGGUGGCGUGUCCUCUCUGUUUUAAGCAGGCUCGACACUUUUUUUUUCUUGAAAGCAGCAGGGCAGUGAUGCAAUAGGCCAUUGCAUCAGUAACUACAGUUAGGCUGCAUUGGGCAAGCGCUGCUGUGCUCGGCAAGUCCCGUGCUGCUCCAUUCCCCAGCUCCGGUAGUGGUUUCCGAGACAUUCUGCGCCCCCUCUCAGAGAGGGACGUUCAGCCUUCUCCGUGUGACCCCACCUGUCUGUCCCCAGCCACGUCAUGUGCCUCUGGCUGGCCCACUGCAGUUACCCUGCAGCUGCCGGAAGAGAAAGCUGUUAACCCACCAACGCUCAUCAAGUCAGAAGUCCCCUGGGAGAGCCCGUGUCUCCUGGGACGGCUCUGCCUGUUGCAGCUCCCUAUGUGCAUGUAGGCCCCAAAGAGGAAGUUAGCAGGCAGAGGAAGUCACCAGCGCUAUCGUACAUACUGACUCAUCCCUGUGGCAGCCACAACGGCUUGUGGAGCCUUGCAGACUGUCUUGCUCCUCACUGGGCUGCCCCUUCGGAGCCUGCCCCAUGGAGUGUCCUGUGAAAGAUGGGAUCCUAUACAUCCAGCACCCCAAAUUUGGGAAGGUAAAUGGAUGUGUGUGUCUGAUUUGGUGGGUGGAGUGUCUGACCACAGGGAGCCUUUGCUGUAUGGGUGGGCGGGUUCAGUGGGAAUUUUGAGUCUCGUCAAAUGCAGGGGAGCAUUUUCCCUAGCUUUGCCUUCUUUAGGGCCCUGUGAUUACACCCUCUGUACUGUAAGAGGGUGGCUGCAGGAGCUGUCAUUGCUCGGCAUCUUUCCCACCUUCUGCUUUGUCAUGUUACUGUAUUGUGAAUUUACAGCCAAACUGAAUGUAAAUAAACUCAAUAACAAAUUAAAAUGC